AGAGUCCGUACGGCCUCACCACGCGGUCCGACGAGUGGAGCAGUCUCCUGCCCAGCUCCACAAUCGUGGGUGCUGGGGGGUCACCAUGGCUCGGACUCGGAGGGGGUGGUACCGGGGCCACCACAGGAGGCGGAAGUCCCGUCGAGCUCGAGGGCCACUGGGGACGUAAGCUGUACAGCGCGAGUGUGGCACCGCCGCCCCCGCCGCCCCAUCAUCAUCCGCGGGCGCCGUUGGUUUUCGCGCCUCAAGAUAUGAGGCAGAUACUGAAGGAGGAACCUGUGCCACGUGCUUGGCCGCAGCCCGCGCUCGCCGACAACGGAACGGUUGGCGUGGGCCGAGCACAUUUCGAGAAACAACCGCCGAGUAAUCUGAGGAAGAGCAAUUUUUUCCAUUUCGUGAUCGCCCUUUACGAUCGACACGGCCAACCGAUCGAGAUUGAGAGGACGUCGUUCAUGGGCUUCGUCGAGAAGGAUCAG